AUGUUUAGUAGGAAUUAAAUUGAUGAUUAUGGCAUUUCAGAGAUAGCUUCUUCUCUAGAUAAAUGUUUUGAUCUCUAAACUAUUUCGCUAAGUCUUUUUGACAAUUUAAUAAGUGAUGAGGGAGUUUCAUCCUUAGGGUAUUCUUUAUAAAAAUGUAAUAAUCUUGCAACCUUAUCACUAGAAUUAAGCAAAAAUUAAAUAAGUGAUGUUGGUGUUUCAAGUUUAGCUUAUUCUCUAUCAAAUUCUACUAAAAUUUCUGCUUUAAUACUUUUGCUUGCUGAAAACUAAAUUGGUAAUAAAGGCAUAUCAGAUAUAGGUUCUGCUUUAUCAAAAUGCUAAAAUCUCAAAAAUUUAACUAUUUUUUUAGGUGGUAAUUAAUUUGGCAUAGAUGGUGUCUCUGAUUUUAGUUCUACUUUAGAAAAUUUCUCAAAUCUUUUAUAUCUGAUGCUGUUUUUAGAAUCAAAUUAAAUUAGUGAUAAAGGAGUCGCUAAUUUAGGUGUUGGUCUAUCUAAGUGCCCAAAUCUCGUAUCGUUGACUCUAAAUAUCUCAUCUAAUGACAUUUUUAAUAAAGGAACUUCUGAUUUAAAUUUAGCUUUAUCAAAAACCACAAAUCUACUUUAUUUGAAACUCUACCUUAGUGACAAUCAAAUAAGUGAAGCUUCACAAGAAAAUUUCAAAAUAAAUAUCCUUAAGAAUAAUAGAUUAGUACAUAUCGAUUUAUGUUUUUGA